AGAUGAUGGGCUCUUAAAUUUUUAAAGAGCUUCAAGGAGCCCAUUGGAGCUCUAUUUCUUGACUUGCUCUUUAAAUUUGAAGUUAAGAGCUCAUUUAGAGAGUCCCUUGGAGAUGCUCUUACUUUGUUAAUCUAGAAAGUGAGUUCUAGUAAAUGGGACUCCACUAGCCAGAAGCUGCGACCACAGAUUCGGCACGAACCUCGAGGGUUCACAUGAGAGUACCCCUUUUGGAUUCAGCUUCAGCUGCUUGCUAGUGUCACAGGGUCUUGCUAGCUCUCUCACAGUGGUCUGGUCUGGACUGUUGUGUAGCCAACUUCUUUCAAGUAUUCUGUCUCACAUUCCCUCUGCUUUUUAGAUCAGGUUUUGAGGUGUAGUUAAGAUCGAAGUGUUUAUCAGAGUGGAUGAUGCUCAGGAUAUGGACCCGAUGUAUCAUUCUUAUUAUUUGCAUGUUAUCUGGCUCACUUGGUGGAUAUGUAGGAAUAAAUAUUGGAACUGAUAUUUCCAAUUUACCCUCCGCAUCUGACGUGGUUGACAUUAUUAAAGCCAAUCAGAUUACUCAUGUACGCCUUUUUGAUGCUGACGCUCACAUGCUAACUGCUCUGUCAGACACUGGAAUUGAAGUUAUGGUCAGUGUCACUAAUGAGGAGGUACUGGGAAUUGGUGAAUCCGCAUCAGUAGCAGCAGCCUGGAUAAAUAAAAAUGUGGCAGCUUACUUGCCAUCAACCAAUAUUACAGCCAUUUCUGUUGGGAGUGAAGUACUUACUUCGAUUCCCAAUGCUGCCCCUGUUUUGGUUCCUGCCAUGAAUUAUCUUCACAAAGCAUUAGUUGCGUCAAAUUUGAACUAUCAAAUAAAAGUUUCAGCCCCCCAAUCAAUGGACCUUAUCCCCAAGCCUUUUCCUCCUUCCACAGCCACAUUUAAUUCAUCGUGGAACUCCACAAUUUUUCAGAUACUUCAAUUUUUAAAAAACACAAACUCCUAUUUCAUGUUAAAUGCUUAUCCAUACCAUGGAUACAUAAUCAACGAUGGCAUCUUCCCGAUUGAUUAUGCACUAUUCCGACCAAUGACAUCAGUGAAGCAAAUAGUUGACCCAAAUACGCUUUAUCAUUAUGAUAGCAUGUUUGAUGCUAUGGUGGAUGCCACCUAUAACUCUAUAGCAGCAUUUAAUACUUCAACUAUUCCUGUUGUUGUAACAGAAUCUGGGUGGCCUUGGUUUGGUGGCGCUGAUGAGCCUGAUGCUACUGUGGACAAUGCAGAAACUUAUAACAAUAAUUUGAUCCAUCGUGUUUUAAAUGAUUCUGGUCCUCCCAGUCAGCCCGCCAUCCCCAUCAAUGCCUACAUUUAUGAGUUGUUUAAUGAAGACAAGAGAUCAGGACCCGUUUCAAAGAGAAACUGGGGUGCAUUCUUUCCCAAUGGGAGUUCUGUAUAUCCACUUAGUCUGAGUACUUCAGACAAUAAUAUUGGAAAUGCUUCAGUAGGUUUUUGUGUAGCAAGGCAAGGGGCAGAUUCCAAUAAACUGCAGAGUGGAGUUAAUUGGGCUUGUGGACAAGGCCAGGCCAACUGCACUGCGAUUCAAUCAGGGCAACCAUGUUAUCUUCCUAACACUCUACAGAAUCAUGCUUCCUAUGCUUACAAUGACUAUUAUCAGAAAAUGAAAAGCGUAGGUGGAACCUGCGAUUUCGAUGGUACUGCCAUGACAACUAAAAAUGAUCCCAGUUAUGGAUCCUGCAUAUUUACAGGAAGUUCAAACUCAAGCUCAAUUGGCUUUACUCCACCUGCAUUUGGACCUGUGAGCCCUGUGGGACAGAGUUCGAAACUUCAUAUUCCUGUGCUUGGUUCUUUUCUUUUAACAAUGUUUGUUACUUUCUUAGUGGUAGAUGUGCAUAUUCAUAUCUUUUGUGAUUGUUAAAUUUGUGGAAUUCUGUGUUCUUGAGAUAUAAUGGCAAGUCGUAGGGCUGGUUUAGGGCGCUGAAAUCUCAUCCGCGAUCAAGGCCUAAACAAAAAAUGCCAAUUUUUUGUUUAUUUGUUAGAUUCUAAUAUACGACAGAUGUUUUGUACUCAACUAGCAUGCAUGUCUGUAUAUUGAGAGAAUUUGAGUUGAAAAGAAUGCAUUAAUACAAGGCAGUUGAAAAUAGAA